GCUUUUUAAUACCUUUACCCGAUAAUGGAAAAUGUGAAAUAGGGGACAUUUUGGUGCUAGAAGGAAGGGUGUGAAAAUACUACAAAUAACCCGGAAUAUAAGCACUUUUUUGGGGCAGUUUGGACUAACCUCCCGUGCAAUGGCUCCAUGGUUGAAAGUUGUGUAAACAUCCAUAACAUAUGGACGGGUGGAGCCCAAUCGUGGCCUCGGAUACUGAGCGCUCCAGCUCCGAGGGGGAGUACAUGCUGGAGCCCGGAGCCCAGGAUGGGAGCCUGGAGGCGGGGGAGGGAGAGAGCAUGGCCCCCUCUGGAGGAACCACUGCUUCUGCUGCUUCUGGUUCUUCUGCUGCUAUGGGGUUCGGGAUGAGCGGCACCGGGGAGGGGAAGCUGGUUCUGGGUCGGGUCGGUCAGAGGGACGACACGGAGCUGAGGGUGCUGCACCUGCUGUGGGAGCGGGGGGGCGAGGCUCUGAGCAGCCGGGCGGGGAAGGUGAGCUGCAGGAGGAACCACAGGCUGAGCCGAAACCUGGGGCCUCUGGGGAAAGAUAUCUAUGCGGUGAAGCGACUGAGGGAAGCAGCAAACAGCAACGACAUCGACACAGUCCGGAAGCUCCUGCAGGACGACAUCGACCCGUGUGCCGCCGACGACAAAGGGAGGACGGCCCUCCAUUUCUCCUCCUGCAACGGCAACGAGAGCAUCGUGCAACUGUUGCUGAGCCACGGCGCGGACCCCAACCAGAGAGACAGUCUGGGGAACACCCCCCUGCACCUGGCGGCCUGCACCAACCACGUGCCUGUGAUCACCACGCUGCUGAGAGGAGGAGCCCGUGUGGACGCUCUGGACCGAGCCGGACGGACUCCUCUUCAUCUUGCUCGCUCCAAACUGAACAUCCUGCAGGACGGAGACUCGCGGAGCAUCGAGACCCUGAGAGGGGAGGUCACUCAGAUCAUCCAGAUGCUGAGGGAGUAUCUGAACCUGAUGGGUCAGAGCGAAGCUAAAGAGAGGCUGGAGCACAUCUCCACUCAGCUUCAGCACACGCGCACCAAAGAGCAGGUGGACGAGGUGACGGAUCUGUUGGCCAGCUUCACAUCACUCAGUCUACAGAAACAGAAUUUGGGGGAUCGGUAGAAGAUGAAGUGAGAAGAGAGUUAACGUCCAGCUGCUUUUCAACAACGCCUCUGCUCCACGAGCCUCAACCUAAUUCUUAAUGAUGCCGGGUGUUUCUCUCAAUACUGGCUAACAUAAAGCUUCUUAUUGGUUAAAAUAAAACAAAAAGUCAAAUGUUAAAGCCCAGUACUGCAGUGUGGUAGAUAUCCAUUAAGCUAAUGGACAGGAAAAGGUUUCACAUAAGAUAAGAUAAGUACUUUAUUGAUCCCAUUGUUUUUUAGAUAAAAAGGACAAAAGAAUCCCCUCUGGGAGAAAUGCAUCGAGAAGGAAGCGCUAGUGGAACAGAUGCAGAAUGCAGCGGGGAUGUCACUCUCGUGUGUGUCUGGAGAGGGAGCGUGUGUGUGUGUGUGUGUGUGUGUGUGUGUGUGUGUGUGUGUGUGUGUGUGUGUGUGUGUGUGUGUGUGUGUGUGUGUGUGUGUGUGUGUGUGUGUGUGUGUGUGUCACGGCUGUGUCUUUGUGUUCUCUUUUUGCCUGCAGGAUAAUUAUGAGUCGUGUUUUUCACUCAAACAGUUUUCACUGUUGUUUUCUGGUUUUCGUUAUGAACAGCGUCUCUGUUGCCUUUUCUCUCGUACUGCAUGUCAUGUUUGUGAAGCGUACUGUAAAGAAAUGACUUGAUAGUUGUUGGAGAAUUGAUUUGACUCAAUAAAUCAAUAUGUUUGGCUAUA